AAGGACAAAAUCAACACUAGCAAUACGCUGAGAAACAGCAUUAGAAGCUGCCGCCAUGAAAGGAGUAUACAAGCUUUUACCAUCUCCCGCCAUUUUUCUAACUGUAUCACCUACUCGUUUCGCCAUCAACAGUUGAAGAAGAAUGUUAAUGGCGGCGGAACCACUGAAUUCGAUUUCAAAGGGGUUAGGGUUAGGGUUAGGGUUGGGGAAAUUGAAUUUGAGAGGUAGAAAUGGAGUAUCGAUUAAAUUGGGGAGAGGAGAAUGCAAAUGGAAAGCGAGUAUGAAUUUGAUUACAAAUCCUGAUGCUUUUCAAGUUGGUCCUUUUCUUGGUAGCUAUGGCUUCUUCAAUGUUACCAGCUAUUCAGGGUUUAAAAGUGGUGUAGAUUAUGAUUAUCUGUCAGAGGAUGUGGGGAAAUUGAGAACUCAAGAUGUUGGCGAAGGUGGCGUCAAUAUCAGUUCUUUGCAGGCUCUAUGAAGGAAGAAUUACUCAAGGUUCUUUGAGAGGCACUUCUGUUCUUUUUAAGGUAUAUCCUGGACAAAGGACUGGUGGUGCUGAGGCCGACAUGAUGGCUGCCAAUGAGCUAAGUACUCAUGUUUUCCUUCAGAGCUGCUCAAAUGAAACAUGCCAGAAUCUCUUAAUGUUAUUAGGUGGAUUUGAGACAACUACUGGUGAGCAGUGGCUUGCUUUCCGCUAUAAUGGAAAAUACUCUGCAGCAGACUAUGCAAAGAUUUCCAGUGAAAAAUUGACAAAGAAUAAGUCUCUUGAUCCGCAAUCAUAUUGGAAUCCUUUUGAACAAGGGCAAACAUUUAAACGCAGAAGAUAUUUUGUCAUUAAGAUGCUCCAGGGAAUUUUCAAUGGCCUGGUCUAUAUGCAUGCCCAUGACAGAUUACACCAGAGUCUUGGACCAGCUUCUGUUGUUCUCAAUACAAUAUCUGAAAGGGAAGCACCUUACCUGGUUGCAAAACUUCGAGAUUUCGCGUUUUCAGUUGAUAUAAGCUAUUCGUCAUUAGAGAAAGGUCCUGGAUCUUUGUCUGAAGGACUUUGGAGACGAGCUAUUGCAGCUGGUGCAUAUAAUACUAUGGAGAAAAGAAACUUUGGGAUUGCAGAUGACAUUUAUGAAGCAGGCCUUCUUUUUGCAUACUUGGCUUUCGCUCCAUUUUGUGAAACUGACAUCAUGGAUAGUCUUUCUUUACAAAGGCUAGUGGAGAACACUUUUCAGCUUGAUCUCCAAGCAUUCAGAGAAUACUGUUCAGCUGAUGAUCGCUUGCUAGAGGCUGUCCAAUUCUUAGAUCUUGGUGAUGGUGCUGGAUGGGAGCUACUUCAGGCGAUGCUAAAUCCUGAUUACAGGAAGCGCCCAGUUGCUGCAGCUGUGCAGAACCAUCGUUUUGUCACUGGAGCUCUUUUGUAGAAGGUUGGUGGAGUUUGGUAUAUUAUUGAUCUGUGAUCAAGCUACAAAGCCUUGUAAACUACUAGAUACAACCCCAUUACAGUAUUUCACGAGUGCUUCCUCUUCUUCCAUGCACCUUCCUCAUAAUGAAAUUGAACUGCAACUGUUUUGAAACAGGGACAGACCAAUUGGACUUCGACUCUGCCUCACCGGCUAUGCUCUUAAUAUCUUAUGCAAGUUUGUAAUCAUUAACUUUAUAGGUGUCUUAACAUUCGCAAAGAAAUGUGUAGAUUUAGACUUUGCAUUUUCUUUGCUUUGGACCCCAACAAAGCUUGAAUACUAUAUUGUCCGUGUUGCAAAAUUUUAGGGUGGAACAUGUGGUUGGAUUUCCAAUUUUAACAACACCCCAAAUUUGACAUCUUCUUAAUACAACAUUGUGGCUUCAGUA